AUGGCCUCCAGUCAAACAGGCCAAUCCAGUGAGGGCUCCAGCAGGGAAGAUGAGCUUUCACUCACGUCACAGGACCAGGAAGGUUCUGAGUCCUUGCCCCAUGUGGUCCUGUAUGACAGGAUAGAUGCAUUGGUGGAUUUCCUGCUCCACAAGUAUAGGAGAAAGGAGCUGACUUCCAAGGCAGAAAUGCUGCACACUUUCAUGAAAGAUUACCCGGAGCACUUCCCUCCGAUCUUCAAUAAAGUCUCAGAGUGUCUGUACAUGGUCUUUGGCAUUGAUGUGAAGGAAGUGGAUCCCCCUGGGCAGAUAUAUGUCCUCGUUCCUGUCCUGGGUCUCACCGCCAAAACCGGCCUCUUGAUAAUGAUUAUCACUGCCAUCUUCAGAAAGGGCAACCACGCCAGUGAGAACGUUAUCUGGCUUGCCCUUAACAGGAUGCAGGUGUUUGAUGGGAGUGAACAUUUCAUCUAUGUGGAUCUGAGGAAAUUCAUCACUGAAGAUUUGGUGCAGGAAGGGUAUCUAGAGUACCGGCAGGUGCCCAAUAGCGAUCCUGCUCUCUAUGAGUUCCUGCGGGGUCCAAGGACCCGUGCUGAAACCAGCAAGAUGAAGGUGCUGGACCAUUUGGUGAAGAUUAAUAGCAGAGAUCCCUGGUCCUACCCAUUUCUCUAG